CGACGCAGAGAAAACAGGAACGACCGCAAAAAUUAGUCAAUAUAGUGAACGAGCACGCUGCGUGGAGGAAAAAGUGUCUCUCGCAACCACAUCUCAGCUGUCAACACAUUGAAAGCGGCUUGUGAGAGAAGAAUACUCGUUCUUCUGAAUCACUUCAUACACUGUGAUUUGUGUGAUCUAGCACCAUGUCAGCGAAAGCCAUCUCAGAGCAGACGGGGAAGGAGUUCCUCUACAAGCACAUUUGCACAACAGCCACUGUACAGAACCGGUUCCGCUAUGCCAAUGUGACGGCAGAAACCGACUGGCAGCGUCUGGUUCAGGAUCAUCCCUGGCUUCUGACAGAGAAAUUGGUUGUAAAGCCCGAUCAGCUGAUCAAACGCAGAGGGAAGCUGGGCUUGGUCGGUGUGAACCUGGAUCUGAAUGGUGUGAAGGAAUGGCUUAAACCUCGCCUUAUGAAGGAGACAACGGUGGGGAAGGCUAAAGGCAUUCUGAAGAACUUCCUGAUUGAGCCUUUUGUUCCCCAUAAGCAAGAGGAGGAGUUUUACAUGUGCAUCUACGCCACACGUGAGGGCGAUUACAUGCUCUUCCAUCACGAGGGGGGUGUGGAUGUGGGAGAUGUGGACUCCAAGGCCCUGAAACUCCUGGUGGGAGUGGAUGAGAAAAUCAGCCCUGACGCAGUAAAGAGUGAACUCCUCAAACACGCUCCUGCAGACAAGAAAGAGAUGUUGUCUAGUUUCUUGGUGGGCUUGUUCAACCUGUACGAGGACUUGUAUUUUACAUACUUGGAAAUCAACCCUCUUGUUGUCACUAAGGAUGGUGUGUAUGUGCUGGACAUGGCUGCUAAAAUCGAUGCUACCGCUGAUUACUUGUGUAAGGCCAAAUGGGGUGAUGUGGAGUUUCCUCCUCCCUUUGGCAGAGAAGCUUAUCCGGAGGAAGCGUACAUAGCGGAUUUGGAUGCUAAGAGCGGUGCCAGCCUCAAACUCACUCUCCUCAAUCCACGUGGAAGAAUCUGGACCAUGGUGGCAGGGGGCGGGGCUUCUGUCGUGUACAGUGACACAAUCUGUGAUCUGGGCGGAGUCAAUGAACUGGCCAACUACGGCGAAUAUUCAGGCGCUCCUAGUGAACAGCAGACCUACGACUAUGCCAAAACCAUCCUGUCACUCAUGACCCGUGAGAAACACCUUGAUGGUAAAGUUCUGAUCAUUGGAGGGAGCAUCGCUAACUUCACUAAUGUGGCGGCAACAUUCAAGGGUAUCGUCAGGGCCAUCAAAGAUUAUCAGGAUCCACUGAAAGAGCAUGAGGUGACUAUAUUUGUCCGGCGCGGUGGUCCGAACUACCAGGAAGGUUUGCGAGUCAUGGGGGAAGUUGGAAAGACCACCGGUAUUCCUAUUCACGUCUUUGGCACUGAGACCCACAUGACAGCUAUUGUUGGAAUGGCGCUAGGUCAACGGCCAAUCGAUACACAACCUCGUGCUGCCGCCCACACGGCCAACUUCCUGCUCAACUCGAGUGCCAACACCACUACUCCCGCAUCCAGCAGAUCCGCCUCUUUUUCCGAGGCCAAUUCUGGAGCAGAAGUCUCACCAUCUCAGAAAAAACAAGCAGGACUUGCACCAGCCAAAAGCACUCUGUUCAGUAAGCUCACCAAGACCAUAGUGUGGGGGAUGCAGACAAGGGCGGUGCAAGGCAUGCUGGACUUCGAUUACGUGUGCUCACGGGAGGAGCCAUCUGUGGCAGCUAUGGUUUACCCCUUUACAGGAGACCACAAACAGAAGUUUUACUGGGGUCAUAAGGAGAUCCUGUUGCCAGUCUAUAAGAACAUGUCUGACGCCAUGAAGAAACAUCCAGAGGUGGACGUGCUCAUCAACUUUGCCUCUCUCCGCUCUGCCUAUGACAGCACCUUGGAGACCAUGCAGUACCCACAGAUCCACACCAUAGCCAUCAUAGCUGAGGGUAUCCCAGAGGCCUUGACUCGCAAGAUCAUCAAAACGGCUGAUGAGAAGGGAGUCACCAUCAUUGGUCCUGCCACGGUUGGCGGUAUUAAACCAGGCUGUUUUAAGAUUGGUAACACUGGAGGAAUGCUGGAUAACAUCCUGGCAUCUAGGCUGUACAGGCCAGGCAGUGUGGCCUACGUCUCUCGCUCUGGUGGAAUGUCCAAUGAGCUCAACAACAUCAUCUCACGAACUACGGAUGGAGUGUAUGAAGGAGUCGCCAUAGGAGGAGACAGGUAUCCAGGCUCUGUGUUCAUGGAUCACGUAUUAAGGUAUCAGGACACACCAGGAGUGAAGAUGAUCGUUGUUCUUGGAGAGAUUGGAGGAACCGAGGAGUACAAGAUUUGUAAUAGCAUUAUAGAGGGCAGGAUCACCAAACCUGUGGUCUGCUGGUGCAUCGGGACCUGUGCCACCCUUUUCUCAUCUGAGGUUCAGUUUGGCCACGCUGGAGCUUGUGCUAACCAGGAGUCUGAGACUGCAGUGGCCAAGAACAAAGCACUGGAAGAAGCAGGAGCUUUUGUGCCUAGGAGCUUUGAUAAGCUGGGCGAUGUCAUCAAAUCCGUGUAUGAUAAUCUGGUGGCCAAGGGUGUGAUUGUGCCUGCUAAAGAGUUGCCGCCCCCUACAGUGCCGAUGGAUUACUCUUGGGCUCGUGAGCUGGGUCUGAUCCGUAAACCAGCAUCCUUCAUGACCAGUAUCUGUGAUGAAAGAGGACAGGAACUCAUUUACGCAGGCAUGCCCAUUACUGAGGUCUUUAAAUCUGAGAUUGGGCUGGGUGGAACUCUCGGCCUGCUCUGGUUCCAGAGGAGGCUGCCGCGCUACGCAUGUCAGUUCAUUGAGAUGUGUCUGAUGGUGACGGCCGAUCACGGCCCUGCUGUCUCCGGAGCUCAUAACACCAUAGUGUGUGCUCGUGCGGGUAAAGACUUGAUCUCCAGCCUUACCUCAGGACUCCUCACAAUCGGUGAUCGUUUUGGAGGUGCCCUGGACGCAGCUGCUAAGCAGUUCAGCAAGGCGUUUGACAGUGGCAUGUUGCCGAUGGAAUUUGUCAACAAAAUGAAGAAAGACGGCAAACUCAUUAUGGGCAUCGGACACCGAGUGAAAUCUAUCAAUAAUCCUGACAUGCGAGUGCAGAUCCUCAAAGACUUUGUGAAGCAGCAUUUCCCCGCCACUCAGGUGCUGGAUUAUGCUUUGGAGGUCGAGAAGAUCACCACCUCAAAGAAACCAAACCUCAUCCUGAACGUGGAUGGUUUUAUUGGAGUGGCUUUCGUGGAUUUGUUGAGGAACUGUGGUGGCUUCACUCGCGAUGAGGCGGAUGAGUUUGUGGAGAUCGGGGCACUGAAUGGAAUCUUUGUCCUGGGCCGCAGCAUGGGAUUCAUAGGUCAUUAUCUAGACCAGAAGAGGUUGAAACAGGGUUUGUACCGCCAUCCUUGGGAUGACAUUUCUUAUGUUCUUCCGGAGCAUAUGACCAUGUAAUGAUGGAAAGCAUUGCGGUUCAUCUCACUUAGUGUCAUAAAAUGAAGUCACUCUUGAACUUAAAUCAUUUUUACGUGUGUAAAUGUGUAUAUGUAGUCCUGUGAAUGUGUCAGAAUGUUUGUUGUGUCUGAAAGUGUGGCAAACUGAAUUACUGUCUUGCUAUUAACUGAAGCUUGCCAAUAACAUAAAUUACAUAGCAUUGAUUUUCUCUUGCAAAGUCAUUUAACUGUGAAAUCGCUCUAAUACAUUCCACAUCUCUGUAAUAAAUGUGUCUCAUGUAUAUUUAAAAAACAGACACAAUCGAAUUUUCAUGUUAGCCUGCCUACUUUGUAAGCUUUAAAGGGAAACUAAAUUAGAUAUUAAACGCCUGGUGGCUAAAAAAAAACGUACAGCCUUGUCUUUUACUCAGACAUGUAUGUAACCAAGUUAAUAAAUAUAAGUACUUACACAAUCUCAUAACUUACAGAAUCAUAUAACACUAAAGUAACUAUAUAAUAGCCAGGCUAUUUUGACUAAUAUUUUGUGAAUAGUGCCAUCUAAAAAUAGUGCAAUAAUGACUUGCUUUGCAUAAUAGCAAGCAACAGCUUCAUGUGAUUUACGUAUUUUAUCAAAUUAAUAUGCAGGAUAGAAAUAUAUCUAUUUUUAAUGUAUACAAAUCAGACACAUAUUUUGGACAUUAACACUAUUUGUAAAAGUGCAGAGUGCCAUGACGUUCAGCAAUGUUUACAGUCCAUCUGCUGUUUAACAAUGCAGCACAGUUUUUAAUUUGUUAGUUAAAACCAAAAUUUGAUUACUCUUAUUUAUUUUCUUUUUUUCACAUUUAUAUUUCACCCAAGCUCAGCUGUGAUGACUAAUAAACUGAAGGCUAUUGUAUAAGUCAUAUUCAUUAGUUGUGUAUUGUUUCAUGUAGUUAAUGAUAAUAAAGACUAAAUUCAAUAUUG